AUCUUCAUUGUGAAAGCACUCUGUCUUUUGUGCCUUCCUGUGUAUAUAAAUGGAAUUCAAUUCCUAACUCAGAACCGAAACGCAUACAAUUUCCUCUGAAAUUUACUUCUGCUUUCUGAAUUCCACAUUGUGGUUGAAAUGGCAAUGCUGAGAACACUAGUGGGUUUGGCUGUUACGGGCAUGCUCAUCAAUGUAGCCAUGGCAACAAGUUACACUGUUGGAUCUCCCAAUGGUGGCUGGGAUCUAACCACCAACCUGCAAGGAUGGGCAUCGUCACAAUCAUUUUCUGCCGGAGACAGUUUGGUUUUUCAGUACACACCAAACCAUGUUGUGCUUGAAGUUACGAAGGCUGACUAUGACUCCUGCCAGACUAGUAACCCGCUUCAGACGCAUACUGGCACCAACACAGUCAUUGCUCUCCCUUCUCCAGGAAAGAGAUAUUUCAUCUGUGGAACCCCGGGGCAUUGUGCCCAAGGAAUGAAGCUUGAGAUUGACACGCUUGCAACUUCUGCACCACCGCCAACUUCCCCAGCUACCCCUCCACCAACAGCAACUCCUACAAACCCACCACGGGCUUCCCCAGUUUCCAAAAUUACCCCUCCACCAACAGCAACUCCUGCAAGUCCACCGCAUGCUUCACCAAUCACCCCUGUUUCCUCACCACCACCUAAAAGUGUAGCUCACACACCCAUGCAUUCUCCGUUAUCUGCUCCUGCAAUGUCUCCUCCAAUGCUACGCAAAUCACCUGUGAGCAGUCCCACGUCAUCCCCUGCAGUUCCUUUGACAGAAUCUCCUAUAAACUCUCCUUCUCCAAGUGGCUCUACUCCGUCACCUCCCUCAUCAUCAGCUACCAAAGUUAAUACUCUAGUAGGGUCUAUGGGAUUUGGUUUUGCUAUGGUGAUGCUACUGAGUCUUUGAGCUUUCGAUAAAAAAAAAAACAGAAAAGGGGGAAAACAAUCUUGCACGUACAUCCAAUUUUUUGUUCUCUUUUUUUUUUUUUUUUCCUUCUCUGAACCCACUUUGGGAGCAUAAACAAGACAAAUUUCAUUUGUAUUUCACACAUGAUUUUCCACUGUUGACAAAAUAAAUAUUGAUGUUGUUAUUCAUUUACAAAACCAUAAUAUAACAUGUAAUCCUAAUUGGGCAGACAAUAA